AUGGAGCACACUCUGGGCGCUGCCUGUCGCCUCCGUCCCACGCCAGACGCCGACAAGGACGAUGGAGCCCCCUGCAUCAAUGCGCAGUUCUUCUACACGUCCCUGUUCCCCAUUGACGAUCCGCUGUCCAGCACCGCUCCUGCUGGCGGCGCAGACUCCAAAUCUAAGGCGCCGCUCCGCCCGUUCUCCCACGAUGACAACGACGUGCUUCAGCAGGCCUGGCUGGGCCUCAUGUCGGAGAGUCACCGUAUCCAGCAUGACGCCAUCAGAGGCGGCCGAGAGCCUGGCCCGGCCGCUGUCAAGUCUGACAUGGAACGACGCGAUCAAAUCAUCCGAGAACUGGCCUCGAAGCAUAUCCGCAUCCACCGGGUUGAUCCCCAGACGCGAACUUCGACGACACAAGCCGCCGAGACGCUCCCAGAGACACUGCUUACAGCCUGCUGCCCCAGACUCACCGCCGACAUCCUAGAAAAGCUUGAUACACAAUUUUGUACGUUAGUCAGAAAGACGAAUCAACUAUUUACUGUUGAUGAGAUUGUAAAGGAUGUUAUUGCCGUCAUGAACCAGCACCACGAGCUUAGAACCGCCGCUGGCAGCAACCGGAACAUCCCCAUACGCCACCAUCUGUUAACUCCCUCUGGACUAGUUCCUGUACCUGAUGAUGGCAUUUCCGGGAGACCAUUUGUGAGGGCAUUGGAGCCUGAAGAGCAACCACAGCAGAUUCCAGAAGCAAAACAGCAACGUAGUGAUGACACCACUCCGGAUCCCGACGAGGAAAACAAGGACGUCGUAGUUGGACUGGCUAGAUUGCACAAGGUAUCAUUGCACACGUUACAGAUGGAGCCCAUAUACUGGUCGCCAGUCAACGACAUCGCUAUUGUAACGAGAGGCACAUGGUUCUACAAAGAUACAAUGCUGCCGGUCCCCCCAGCAGUUGCUAAUCAGCUCGAAGCUGGAUACCAGGAACUGCGCCCCUGGGCAGAAACUUGGCGUGACGAAGUACGGUGUGCUAUUGAAGUUGGGGCCUCAGGAGAGGAAAAGGUGUCUCAUCGACUAUGGCCGGUUGAAGGCGAUGGACAGUAUCGAACCUCCUUCCUACCAAUAGAGCCUGCUAUUUCCGCACAUCCGUUUUGUGCUGCACACUGCUUCCAAGGCGAAGCUGCGACAGAAGGCUCCCUCGGGCCGCAGCAGAUAGACGACGAGGCUUCCGAGACUGCACCACAGCGCCCCUACUCUAGUUACAGUGUCUUGUACAAGGACCAAACAAAUGCCUUUUUGUUGAAGCCGAGCUUACAGCCAUCUGCGUAUUACGGUAGGCGGCCUCUUCAGAAGAUCAUGAGAGGAGGGACUGUGGGUAUUCCAGUGGUCCGAGGAUUCGAUAGACUGAGCUGGGAACGCAUGCACCGUGGGAAGCAGGUACAGUAUGUCAAACCGGCAUCUCAUAACGCCUCUGAUGGCAGUGCAGUGGAAAUCUGCCCUGCUUGUGAAGCGGAUAAAGACCGCAGUCAAGUGACAGACUUGGUGCUGGUCGCUCACGGAAUUGGCCAAAAGAUUGCUGAGAGGGUUGAAAGCUAUCACUUUACGCACGCUGUCAAUAGCUUCCGUCGAAUGGUUGACAGCGAGUUUCAGAAUCCGGCGGUGCAAGAAGUUUUGGAUAACAGCCAAAGCAGACUCAUGGUUUUGCCCCUGAACUGGAGAAUCGGCCUGUCGUUUGAAGAUGGUGGCACUCUCCAAACGGGAAUGGAGACAAAUGACUCGGCCGCAGCACAAGCUUUUGGCCUCAAGGACAUUGAGCCCAACACCAUUCCGGCCAUACGGAGCAUGAUAUCGGAUGUCAUGUUCGAUAUCCCCUUCUACAUGUCUCACCACAAGGGAAAGAUGAUUGCAGCUCUCGUCAAGGAGGCGAACCGGAUUUACCGCCUUUGGUGCAGAAACAACCCCGGCUUUGCAGAAAAUGGACGUGUCCAUCUGGUUGCGCACUCUCUUGGCAGCGUCAUGGCGGUGGAAGUCUUGUCACGGCAGCCAACGGAUCUGCCACCGCUCGAUCUUUUGCGGCUGGAGCCAAAAACCAAAUACUUCGAGUUCGAUACGCGGAAUCUCUUCCUGAUGGGAAGCCCCACUGGAUUCUUCUUGUUACUCGAGCGAGGAGCUCUUACACCGCGACGGGGACGCGUCAAACCUGGCAUGGAUGAGAACGAGGUCAAGGCCGAAAAUGUUGGGGGCGACACUGGCAUGUUUGGAUGCUUGGCCGUAGACAACAUUUACAACAUCCUUGCCAAGGAGGAUCCCAUUGCCUACUUGCUCAACGGGACGGUAGACCCGGCAUAUGCGGCCAGCCUCAAAACAGCAUAUGUGCCUACUUCUUCGGCUUCCUUCUUCAAAUCGGUUGGCGAUGCUAUGCGUAACGCUGUCAUGGGCAGGAGUGGCAAUCCGACCACGUCCACGACUGGCGAUGGCCGCCCGUCGACAGUUCGCCUGCCCUCUCAGCUGGAACUCGAAGUCCACGACUUUACCAGAGAGGAAAUUGCUGAGAAGAAGGCCUUUCUUCUUAAUGACAACGGCCAGAUUGACUGGUUUAUCCGAUCCGGUGGCGGUCCGCUGGAGAUUCAGUAUCUGAACAUGCUGAGCGCUCAUAGCAGCUAUUGGAGCAAUACGGAUUUUAUCCGGAUGCUGUGCAUUGAGAUUGGCAGGAAACCCGGCAGGGCAAAUACGCUGCCUGCUAUGAGGGCUGUCAAGGCUUCGAAGCGCAUUAUACCCACCACGAGAUGA